GCCCUCACUGGUUGUGUGAGUUGCUGCCUGUGCCAUUCCCCCCAGUAUUACAAUGAGCUGUAUGUGAGUUAAUGGCUGUUACAGAGUGAGAGCUCCCUCUGACCUCACUCACAGGAGGGUGGGGAAUCCCAGACUGCUGAUUGGUUGUCCCAUGUCUUCCUGACACGCCCCCUCCUUGGGGCUCUGGUUCCCCUGCAUGUUCCCAGUGUGGCCCUGACUGGGUGUCUCCUCACAUACACAGUGCUGGACAAAUAUGGGAAAGGACAUUGUACUCCUCCUGCUCUCUAUCUACUGCACCAUACAGGAGGGUGUGGGCUUCACCCAGGCUGUAGAUAAUGACUUCACCUUCUCCCUGCCAGCAGGACACAAGGAAUGCUUCUUCCAGCCCAUGAAGAAGGAUGCAACCCUGGAAAUAGAGUACCAGGUGCUGGAUGGUGCAAGUCUAGAUGUUGAUUUCACUCUCUUGUCUCCUUAUGGCGAUGUCCUCAUAUCUGAAGUGCGACAAUCUGACGGCGUCCACACAGUGGAGACAGUGGAUGGAGAUUACCAAUUCUGUUUUGACAAUACAUUCAGCCGUAUGUAUGAGAAGGUGAUCUUCUUUGAACUCAUCUUGGAUCACAUUAAUGAAGAGGGAACGGAUCAAGAAGACUGGAAAAAUUAUAUUAUUGGAACAGAUUUGCUGGACAUGAAGCUAGAGGACAUAUUGGAAACCAUUAAUAGCGUUAAAGGAAGAUUAACCAAAAGUGUUCAGCUUCAAACACUGCUGAAGGCCUUUGAGGCACGAGAUCGUAACAUUCAAGAGAACAACUAUAACAGGGUCAACUUUUGGUCUGUAGUCAACUUAGUAGUGAUGGUCACGGUGUCUGUUAUCCAAGUCUACAUGCUACGAAGCCUGUUUGAAGACAAGAGGAAAAGUAGACCGUAACAAAGUUUCAGAUCAAGCCAAUUAGCACUGGGAAAAAUAAACUGUUAAUUAAAGCUUUUUGCUUUCAUUAACUUUUCUUUUUAAUCAAUGAGAGCAGGUUACAAAGAUGUAAUUUUUUUUUUUAUUUUUUUUUUUACUUUAACUGUGAAUUUACACAUCAUUUUGCCUUUGUGGAAGGAUUACUUACAUUGUGAUGAAAUUUUGCUGUAGACAUUGGAGUAAAGUGCAAUUAAAAGGCGUUUACCAACAGCUGACUGUUAAAAGAAUAUUUUCGUUUUUCUCUGGGCAGAAAUAAAAUGUUAAGUCUUCCAGUUUCCUUAAUACAAUUGGUGUUAUUUACGCCUCUAAAAUAAUUUUAUAUUGCUGUCUAGAUCUAAGCAUAAAAGGGUUUCUUCACUAAAUGUAGAAUUGCUGAAAACUACUCUUUUGCGUGUGUACAUUGUGCAAUUCAAAGUUUAACUUACUAUUGCUUUUGUGAACAAACCCCAUAGUCUCAAACUUUUGAUUGGCCAUUUUCAUUUACAGUUAACCAAGUUGUCUUCUUCCAUUUUACUGGUAUCUGAAAAUAAAGAAGUGAAAUUUUCUAGA